UAAACAUUUUAUUUUAUCAAGGCGGUCAUCCCGCUAUACUUAAUAUAGAUCUUAACCGAUCUUAACUUAAAUCUGAGAGUAUACUAUUAAUAAUCAGUCGUGAGCGGUCGUGAGGUCACGAAAACAAUACCAUUCUCAUCUUUAUUUACCUCUGAUAACUGGUCGCCAGCUCCGAGAGUUUGAUCGACAUGAAGCAUAAAUUGAAGUCUUCACAGAGAGACAAGGUCAAGAAAUUCAUAGCAUUUACCCAAACAGGAGAAAACACUGCUAUAUUUUGUCUGUCUCAGAACGACUGGAAAUUAGAUUUGGCUUCAGACAAUUAUUUUCAGAAUCCCGAUGUGUACUUCAGAGAACCAAAGAUUUCUGUGGAUAAGAAGAAGUUGGAGCAGCUUUUUACAAGAUAUAGAGAUCCUGCUGAACCAGAUAAGAUGACAGCAGAAGGAAUUAUGAGGUUUCUAGAUGACUUGUGUUUAAGUCCAGAGUCAAAGCUUGUUCUCAUCAUUGCAUGGAAGUUUAGAGCAGCAACACAGUGUGAGUUCACAAGAGAUGAAUUUAUGUCAGGCAUGACAGAUGUGGGUUGUGAUAGUAUUGAAAAACUGAAAGCAAGACUGCCUUCAUUAGAAGUUGAACUGAAGGACCAGUUCAGGUUUAAGGACUUCUACCAUUUCACAUUUAAUUAUGCAAAGAAUCCAGGCCAGAAAGGCCUUGACCUUGAGAUGGCCAUUGCUUAUUGGAACAUUGUCCUGCAAGGAAAAUUCAGAUUUUUAGAUCUCUGGUGCAAAUUUUUGCAGGAACAUCAUAAAAGAUCGAUUCCCAAAGAUACAUGGAAUCUAUUGCUGGAUUUUGCAAUGAUGAUUAAUGAAGAUAUGUCCAAUUACGAUGAAGAAGGAGCAUGGCCUGUUCUUAUAGAUGACUUUGUUGAGUAUGCACAGCCAAUGGUGUCAUCUUCAACACCUCAUAGCACUCAAGUUUAACAGGAAGCAGUUGAUUAGGUGUUAUGACAAGAAAUUAAAAUAAUAAAUUGAAACAAAAUAUAUUUCAUAUGGUUUGUAAUCUAUUUCAUCACCUGACGACAUUCAACACAAAUUUGAACAUCAAGUCAGAAUGGAAAAAUUAUAUCCCAGAGUGCGGUACUUAAAAGUAAGCUGAAGGGACUGCAUUACAAGAUUAUUCUGAUUGACAGAACCCCAGAAGAAGUUGUAAUUUCAAGUAUGGUACUUGUAGGGGGCAGGAAAGGUGAUUAAACAGCAGAACCAAAGGGUAGGUUUGCUAUCAGCUGUCAUAUAGCUAUAGUUGCGGAAAUGUUUCGGUGACAGUAUGUAACAUAACAGGUCCUGUAACUAUGGCGACACUGUAGAGCUGCAUGACACACCAGCUGUAGUUUUGGCUAUGCUAAAAGUAUAGCCAUUGUAACAGAAACACUUGACCUGCAUUUAAAACACGUUUUUUUCCUUAUAAUGCAGAGAAUGUAUAUAAUACGGAGCUCAAGAAGUUAACUGAAAAGCUUUUUUAAUUGAAGAGAAAGAAAACUCUGUAAAUAAUGUAUAAAACAGCCGAACUAACAUUUUGUGUUUUUUAAGCGAAAUCCAGGUUAUAAUAAAUAUUAUGUAGAUUAUCAUUUUUACAUAGUAUGUGUGGUUAUUUGUUGUACCUAUUACUACAUGAGAAAUAUCUGUCCAUUGGAACUGCAGUGUAUUCCAAAAAAAAAUGUUUCCAGUAGUGUUUAUUCUAAUGUAUGAGAAACAGCUUUUUUUUUUGGGAAAUGCUGUAUGUAUAAAUUAUACUGUUUGUAAAAAAAAAGUGAAAGUGAAUGUUGUUCUUAGUUUUUAUUACGACAUUAAUAUUCAAUCACUGAUUUUUGUACUUAUAUUUCAUAAAAUGCAAUUUACAUGCAAGAUGCAAGAAUUCUGCUUUCAGAUAGAAGUCACAUACUAAUGAUACUCAGCAUUUACUUUUUGUUAUUUAGAGCAAAAUACAAGUUGUAAGGAAUGGCUUGUUAUACUUUGGAAACUUUGUGAUUUAAACAGUUUUUUUUUGCAUAUGAACUAGCAAAACGAAUUACAGAAAACAAAUCAGAUAUCACUUAUAUAUUUAGGGGAGAUUCAAUAAAGAAUUUUAACAAUA